UGACUCUGGCCCCUGUUCUCUUGCCCCUCCCUUCAUCGUGGAGGAGAGGAAGGGAGAGGGAGAAAGAGAGAGGCUGCAGCCCACUACCACCAUGUCCCCAGAGGCCCCUUGCCUGCCUGCUUGCCUGCCUGCCCCUCCUGCUGCUCAGUACAGCUGUGUCUCAGCACCAGACCCUGACCAGCUGGGAUCUCAACCCUGCCAGAGCACCACAAGAAGAAGAGCCACUGUGUGUAAAAAGCUCCUCACCUCUCUCCGCUGACUCUUCAUUAGGUGAAGCACACCGACACUGACUCCAACUAGAGCAGCCAAACCUCUUCGCUGGUGCUGAGAAGAUCCUCUUUUCAAGCAUGGCUGUGGCGCCCCGGGCCCUGGCACUUGCCCUGCUCCUGGUGCUCGCCCUGUUCAGCCUGGCACCCGCGCCCACCUUGGGAGGCUGCCCGUCCGCUUGCCGGUGCUUUUUCACCAUGCUGCAGUGCCUGGAGCCCAAUGGCAUCACCAGCAUCCCGGCACUGGCGCCACAAGAGAGCGAGAAUGUGACAGAGAUUUACAUGGAAAACCAAGCAGCGCUGGAGAAUAUCACAGAAAUUGAUCUUGUUCACUACAGAGAGCUGAAGAACCUCACCGUCACAUCAUGUAAGCUGAGGCUCAUCUCUGCCAAUGCUUUCCAACACAACCUCAAGCUCCAGUAUGUGAACUUUGCAUCAAACUCUCUGGAACAUAUCUCCUGGAGGGUGUUUCAUUUUCUGCCGCUGCUCAACCUGGUUUUAAGAGACAACCCUCUCGUUUGCUCUUGUGACCUCCACUGGCUCCAGCAGUGGCAGCGUAAUGACCGCGGCGACCUGGACAACCAAAUGUCUUGUUUCUUGGAUGAUCAAGAAAUUCCGCUCAACUCUUUGGUGAUCGAUAACUGCAGUCUGCCUGAGGUGACUAUCAUCGCCUACAAAGAUGCAAAAAUUCAAGAAGGAGGCAACCUGACAUUUGCAUGUCAAGUGACGGGAAGUCCCACUCCCAAUGUGAGAUGGCGAACUGAAGAGCUUCACUCUCGCUUCUAUACCCAGGAGAGAAUCUGGGGUUCCACAUUAGAGCUGGUCCUUUUCCUCACCGACGUUUCCUCCAGCGACAACCUGCACAACCUCACCUGUGAGGCCGAGAACCAAGCUGGGCCUGGGGAGGAGAUGGUGCAAUUGGACAUUGAGUUUCCAGUCAGAAUCCUGUUUCUGAGGGACGCCGUGCAGCAGCACCACUGGUGUUUCCCCUUUGCUGUGGAUGGCAACCCUGCACCAGAGAUCACCUGGCGAUACAAGGGCAAAGAACUCAAAGAAACUGUUUACACAUACACGCAGCUCAUCCCUGACUCAGCUGACGGAUCUGUGAAACACGGCUGUCUCUUCCUCAACAAGCCCACCCACAUCAACAACGGCCACUACACCCUGAUUGUGCAGAACAAACUGGGAAAGGAUGAGGCCACAGCCACUGGGAUGUUUAUGGACAACCCCUUCGACCCGCUCGAUCCUGAGGGGAUAAUUCCAGUCCUUGAUGCUGAUCCAAUUCCUACGAACAAAUCAGACAUGGACGUCACAGAGAACCCAGAGAGUCGAGUGUUUGUGGUGUCUGUGGCCGUGGGUCUCGCCAUGUUUGCCUGCACUUUCCUUCUCAUCAUGGUUUUGGUUAUUAACAAGUGCGGCCAGCAUUCCAAGUUUGGUAUUCACCGUUCAUCAGUUUUGGGCACUGAGGAUGACCUCGCCGUGUCGCUUCGUUUCAUGAACUUUGGGACCAGCCCGCCUUCCUCGGAUGAAGACUCUGGUUUAUCCAGCUUUGUCGAGAAUCCACAGUACUUCUGCGGCAUCAUCAAGGAGAAAGACAUGUGUGUCCAGCACAUUAAACGGCAGGACAUUGUGCUGAAGUGGGAGCUGGGUGAAGGAGCGUUUGGCAAAGUCUACCUGGCAGAGUGUGCAAACCUGAGCCCAGACAGCGAUAAGAUGCUGGUCGCCAUCAAGACUCUAAAGGACGCCAACGAAUCGACUCGGCAGGACUUCCAGAGGGAGGCGGAGCUGCUGACGUUGCUUCAACACCAGCACAUUGUUCGAUUCUACGGCGUCUGUACGGACGGAGAGCCACUGGCCAUGGUGUUUGAGUACAUGAGGCACGGAGAUCUCAACCGAUUUCUUAGAGCUCACGGCCCCGACGCUCGUAUCCUGGAGGAGACGAAGAUGCCGCCGCUGGGUCAGCUCACCAUGCCUCAGAUGCUGCACAUCGCCGCUCAGAUCGCCUCGGGCAUGGUCUACCUGGCAUCGCUGCACUUCGUCCACCGUGACCUGGCAACCCGCAACUGUUUGGUUGGAGAGGGACUGGUGGUCAAGAUUGGAGACUUUGGCAUGUCCAGAGACAUCUACAGCACCGACUACUAUCGGGUGGGCGGCCGUACGAUGCUGCCAAUCCGCUGGAUGCCCCCAGAGAGUAUCAUGUACAGGAAGUUCACCACAGAGAGCGACAUCUGGAGCUUCGGCGUGGUGCUCUGGGAGAUCUUCACCUAUGGAAAACAGCCCUGGUACCAGCUGUCCAACAGUGAGGCCAUCGAAUGCAUCACGCAGGGUCGGGAACUGGAAAGGCCACGCACCUGCCCGAAGGAGGUGUACCUGCUGAUGCAGGGCUGCUGGCAGAGAGAGCCCCAGCAGAGGAUGGUGAUCAAGGAUAUCCACAGCCGCCUGCUGGCCCUGGUCAAGAACCCGCCGGUUUACCUCGACAUCCUCGGCUAAAGGGGCCAAGAGCCAACCAGAGAACGGAGGUCAGAGGCUGGGAAGGUUCAGGUUUUGAUUUGAGACCUCAAACUUUUUAUUUUAUUACUCUAAUCAGGGGUUGAUUACUUUAAACAGGUUCCUAUUAAGUUUAAAAGUAUGUCCCAGUUCUCCCAGCUGCUGCUUUUCCAGCCUCGAUGUUUAAGGAUGAACUGUUUGCAGUGACCUCGUCGCUUUACCUCAUCCCAGCUCGACCCCGACCCCUUUUUACUGCCCCGUCAUUCUCUGGAAACCUGUCGAAUGUUUACCAAAGUGUCUCAUGUUUAUCUGAAGUGGGAUCAGCCAGAUGGAGGGACAUGCAUGGAAGUGUUGAAGUAACUGUAUAUGGACUUUACCUUGCUGGGAGCGAUCUCAGAUGACGGCUUGUUGGAGGAUUUUGGCUCUGCGGAGGUUUUUGAGCUGAGCUGUGAUACAUUUUUUUCGACUCCACAGCCGACACUUGUGUUGAAAGGCAAUUAGAAAAUGAAACGGAUGAUUACAAAGGAGGGCACUUCACAAAACGAGUCAAAAGUGGAAACCAAUUUUUCAGAUCUGGGCGCAGCAGACUUGUACAGAACAGUAACUGAUUUUGAAAAAGUUUUGAUAUGGGAGGUAAUUUAAGGCUUUCAGUUAAUGUAUAUAAGAUAUCAAAGUUGUACAAUCAAAACCUUGGAAAGGUUAUUUGUUUCUGAUGUGUCAAAUCCAGUGUAUCAUAUGAGUAUUUUUCAAAAUCAUGAACAAAAUGUCAUAUAAGUGUGUGUUUACAUUUAAUGCUAUCAAAUAUGAAGAAAAAAUACUUCCAAAGAACAACAGUGUGACCUGUGGCCUGCCUGCGGCACUCAGGACUGGCUUUUGUACGAAUUAGCGAUGUUUAACAUGCUGCUGUAACCACCUUACAAUCAAAGCACUGCAGUGAAAUUUGGUAAGGGGGCAAGAUGGUGGGGAGGGGACACACUGAGAUGUUUCAGAGGUAACAGAUGGAUUAAAGUGUGUGAAAGAGAGGGACAGAUGGCACUGAAACAGAGACUGGAGGUGAAGGGGAAAAUAAAGUUUAAAAACAAAUGGGGCAUUUUAGAGGGGGAAAGGAUGAGUAUACAAACCGUUGUGAUGCCUUUAAAGGGGAAGUUCUCCCCAAAAUCAAAAAUACAUAUUUUUCCUCUUACCUGUAGUGCUAUUUAUCAAUCUAGAUUGUUUUGGCAUGAGUUGCUGAGUAUUAGAGAUAAGAGGAAAAAUGUGCAUUUCUGAUUUGGGGGUGAACUGUCCCUUUAAGUGUAAAUAAUAAAUGUACAUACUCUGUAUUAAUGUCUAAAAAGUAUAUAUAUCUUCAUGUAUUGUUACUCCAGCACUUUGUAUAUUGUCUGCCCUUAAAAAUAAACAAACUUGAUUAAAAAAUGGCUGCAGCC